GGGGCCCUGCCAGAGGGGUUAGGUGUUGGGGCAGAGGAUCAUACACUGUCUUUAAAAGCUUUGUGCUUUCCUCUGUCCCUAUCCCUGAACCUAAGGAAACUAGUCGUUCUCUUCGGAAACCAACGGCAUGUCUUCUCUUUAAACAACGGCUUGUCUUCUCCUUCACUCCCUGAAGUGGCAUUGUAUUAUGUAGACUAAUUUAAAGCGAUUUGAAAGCGUUUGAGUGGAUAGCACAAUGAAUAGCAGAGCCGGUUCGUUUUUAUGGAACUUCAGACAAUUCAGUACUUUAGUUCCAACAAGCAGAACUAUGAGGCUGUAUCCUUUGGGAUUUUCCAGACUGAAAAUUGUUUAUUCAAACUGGAACCCAAGAAACCUUCUCUUAAGUGACUUUGGUAAUGGAGUGCAGUCAUCUAUUAGAUAUCUAUUUCAGGAUGCCUUAAUUUUUAAAUCAGGAGAUAAUUUUCAAACAAAGGGCAUAGGCACUGAAACAGUCCUUACAGUCGACAGACUGCUUUGUCCUAGAAGACUGUCCUUUGAUUCAAAACACUCUCUUGACCCUGAUGAUGGAUUGAAGAAGAUAACAUUUCAUCAGAAGGCCUCCAAUGAAGAUGUGCUCACCAAGGAAACAAAACCAACCCCUGUCAACUAUAAAAAACUGUCUCAGGAGUGUAGUUCUCUGAGUGAUGUGUUAGAUACAUUUUCAGAAGGACCUGUAUUUCCCAGUAGUAACUAUUUUUCAGCAAUGUGGAUAAUUGCCAAAAGGAUGUCUGAUGACCAGAAGUAUGUUGAAAAACAACUGAUGUUUAACCACCCUGCAUUUAACCAGCUGUGUGAACAAGUGAUGAGAGAAUCCAAGAUCAUGCACUAUGACCACCUGCUGUUCAGUCUUCAUGCUAUGGUGAAGCUUGGAAUUCCUCAGAACACUCUGCUGGUACAGACUUUGCUGAGGGUGGUCCAGGAACGUAUCAAUGAGUGCGAUGAGAAAUGUCUUUCAGUUUUGUCAACUGUUUUAGAGGCAAUGGAGCCAUGCAAGAAUGUGGAUGUUCUUCGAGCAGGGUUACGGAUACUAGUUGAUCAGCAAGUCUGGAAAAUAGAGCGUGUCUUUACAUUACAAGCUGUGAUAAGAUGUGUUGGAAAAGAUGCACCGAUUGCUCUUAAAAGGAAACUGGAGAUGAAAGCCUUGAGAGAAUUAGACAGAUUUUCUGAUUUGAAUAGCCAGCACAUGUUUGAGGCAUUAGCUGCCAUGAAUUACCGCUCUAUUAUACUUCUGGAUGAAUGCAGUAAGAUGGUCAUAGGUAAUAUCCAUGGGUGUCCUUUUAAAGUAUUGAUCAACAUAUUGCAGUCUUGCAGAGACCUCCGGUACCAUAAUUUAGAUCUUUUUAAGGGAAUAGCAGAUUAUGUGGCUACAACUAUUGACAUCUGGAAGUUAAAGCAAGUUCUCUUUCUCCUCAUUUUAUUUGAAAACCUUGGCUUUCGACAUACUGAUUUGAUGGACUUGUUCAUGAAGAAAGUGAUAGCUGAUCCUGCUUCUCUAAACAUGAAAAGCAUUAUCCGUAUUCUUCAUGUGUAUUCUUCUCUCAAUCACUUCUACAAAUGCCAAACCUCAGAGUUCCAAGAAGUUAUGGCUACUUCUCUGACUGGUUAUCUCCGCCACAUCUCUUCGGAAAAUCUGUUGAAUGCUGUGUGUUCAUUUUGCUUGAUGAACCAUUUUCCCAUGGCCCUUAUUAAUCCACUUCUCCAAAAGGACAUCAUCAAUGAACUGCUGAUGUCAGCUGACGAGAGGAAUGCUCACAAGCUUCGUAUUUUGGCUGCUUGCCUAAAACUGGAUAUUUCUUGUCACAACGCGGUAGAUUUGGCCCCACCACCGCUGCCGUCCACGGCGUUGUAUCCAAAUGUGAAGGUGGCAGAUGCGCUAAGUAGCCUUCUGGGAGAAGGAUACUUCUCAAAAAACAGACAGUUGCCACACAAUUACCAUAUCGAUUUUGAAGUAAGAAUGGAUAUUAACAGGAGUCAAGUGCUUCCAUUUUCCGACGUGGUAACUUCCGCUGCAGAUACUCAAAGAGUAGCUGUACUGUGUGUUCCUAGAUCUGCUUACUGUUUGGAUUUAGCCCACCCCAGAGGAUUCCUUGCUAUGAAAAUGCGACAUUUGAAAGUAAUGGGUUUUCACGUAAUCUUGGUCCGUAAUUGGGAGGUGGAAAGGCUGGAGAUGCAGGAUGUAGUCACGCUUUUGAAGACCAAACUCUACUCAGCUGAAGCCUUUCUUACUGCUGAUGUAAAUCUGCAAAGCACGUGUUAAAGUCAAAGCAGCCUUUUCGUAUUAGCGGACAUAAGUUUGUAAAAGAACUUUAAUAAAGACUACAAUUCAGUUGUCAGUGGAAUUCACCUUACUGCUCACCAUAACAAAGUGUCACUUCAGUUCACUGUUAAAACUAAUU